CCAAGUCAAGCGGCGCUGAGCUGAUUUAUAAAGUCUUUAACUCUUCAACGCCAUGGCAAAAUUUUAGCAUACUUUUUGCAUGACGAGCCACUUGUUAUCUAUUUCCACUUUAGAUUCUUGUUCCUCGUUUAGAUAUUUAACUCAAACGCUUUCACAACCUAAACCAGCUUGUGAAUUUUAAGUGUUACUGUCUUCUUCUUCAGCUCCAUCUAUUUCAGAUUUCAGAGAUGGGGUUUCUGCAGACCCAAGAGAGCAAGAGGAUGGAGAUUGAGGAACUCCGCCGCAUAUUGGUGGCAUGCGCCAGCGUUAACAGAAGGAAAGACGAUGAAGAGCUCAGAGGGUUGCGUGUCAGAAUGGAUGAUGAUGAGCGCCGCCGUGAUAUGGUGGUUUGUGUGACCAGUGGCGUUUCGUUCUUGGGUUUGGCGAUUGUGAACCGGCUGCUGCUUCGUGGAUACUCUGUUCGAAUCAUUGUUGAUAAUCAAGAAGAUAUAGAGAAAUUGAGAGAGAUGAAAAGUUCUGGGGAGAUGGAGACGUAUAACAAUAAUUUGGAAGUAGUUACUGCAAAGCUAAAUGAAGUUGAGGAUAUGGUGGAAGCAUUUGAGGGCUGUCGUGGCAUCUUCCACACUUCUGCUUUUGUUGACCCUGUUGGCCUUUCUGGCUACUCUAAAUGUAUGGCUGAGCUAGAAGUGAAAGCAACUGAGAGUGUACUAAAGGCAUGUGCAAGAACUUCCUCAGUAAGAAAAUGUGUGCUUACAUCCUCACUUUUGGCCUGCAUUUGGCGAGAAGACCUCUCUCAAGUAGUUAACCAAGAUUGCUGGAGCAAUGAAUCACUCUGCAUAAACAAGAAGCUAUGGUAUGCGUUGGGCAAACUGAGGUCAGAGAAGACUGCGUGGCAAAUAGCAGAAGAAGGCCUAAAGUUAGCCACCAUUUGUCCAGGUCUCAUUACAGGUCCUGAAUUUUUUCAAAGAAAUCCCACAGCCACAAUUGCUUAUCUCAAAGGUGGCCAAGAGAUGUACGCAAAGGGGUUGCUGGCAACCGUGGAUAUAAUGAGGCUUGCUGAGGCUCAUGUAUGUGUAUAUGAAGCGAUGAACAAGACUGGAUUUGGAAGAUAUAUUUGCUUCGAUAAGGUGAUUAAAAGAGAAGAGGAGGCAGAGAAGCUAGAAAGCCAAGUGGGAAUGCCAAAAAACAAGUUAACUGGAAAUACAAACAUUAUUUCAAUGCCAUUUGAGCUGUCAAACAAGAAGCUUGUAACUCUCAUGUCAAGAACACUUAGACCUUGUUAUAAUCAGUUUUAGAAAGAUACAUGUGCUCAAGUUUAAAGAGAAAUUUAGAUAAGGGCAAGUCUUUCCGUUGAUUGCCUUACCCAUAUGUUUACCA